CCAAGCAAAACUCUCUGCCUUCCUCCUUCUCUCUCUCUCUCUCUGUGUUUAGUUACCUGUGUCUUUGUCUGAAUUUCAUCACUGUUCUCUCUGUGCACUUGUUUGGCAUUACGGCUGCGGUGAAGUUCACUAAAAUCAUGGUUGUGUAGUUUGGGUUGCUGGGGUUUUGAAAGGUUGUGAAAAUGCCUGAGGGAAUAACAACCGAGAGACUUCUGAACAAUAUCAUGGAAACACUUACCGAAAAUGUUUCAAAGCAGAAAUCUGUGUCAUUUUUUGAGGAAGAGAAAUCAACUUCAGUCAAUGCUCAGUUCAAUAGACUGUUUGGACGCCAGAAGCCUAUUCACCAUCUUUUGGGGGGUGGAAAAUCUGCUGAUGUUCUGUUAUGGAGAAACAAGAAGAUAUCUGCAGGCGUUUUAGCUGGUGCAACCGCUAUUUGGGUGCUCUUUGAGUGGCUUCAUUACUGUUUUCUCUCACUCCUUUGCUUCAGUUUGGUAAUUGGUAUGACUACUCAGUUUGUUUGGGCAAAUGGCUCUGGCUUAUUAAACAGCAAAAGGUCUCCAUCUAAAGUCCCUCGUCUCGUUUUGUCUGAUGAAUUAUUUGUCAACAUUGCCAAGACGAUUGGUGCCGAGGUUAAGCAAGCUCUAGGGUUUCUUCAGGAUGUAGCUUGUGAAGGAAAUAUUAAGCAGUUUCUAGUGGUUGUACUAAGCUUGUGUGCUGCUGCUAUGAUUGGAAGUUAUUGCAAUUUUUUGACCGUCUUGUAUAUUGGCUUUGUUGCUGCACAUACGCUGCCGGUUCUGUAUGAGAAGUAUGAAGACGAAGUAGACAGCUUUGUGUACAACAUCCUAGGACAGCUUCAGCACCACUAUCGGAAGCUGGAUACGGGUAUGCUCAGCAAAAUUCCCAGAGGAAAGUUCAGAGGAAUGAAGCGUGAAUGAACUCUUUUUCACAUACCAUCCAUCUGGAUUGCUUGUGGGGUACUGAAUCUGUGAAAUUCAACUGAAUAGUUAAAUUGGUAGUUUGCAUAUUUGCUCGUGGCUCAGUCAUGCUUGUGGAAGAUUAUUUGAUGCAUGCACGAGAGAGAGAGAGAGAGAGAGAGAGCAGCUGUGCUGUUAAUUGUUGAAUUGCUGCAUGCGGAGAGAAACUCACAUAAGUUUGUCAUAAUGAAAAUUGAAGCAGCUAUUAGCAUUAUAUAAAUCUCCUUCUUCGGGUCAUUUUGGCUGCA